GUUUGUGCCUCUUCGCUUUCCGUAGUUCAGACUCGGUUGCCUAGCAACGCCUGACAACAAUGAGUGCAUAGCAACGGCCUGAGACGCUUAGAAACAAACAUGUCCGUGCCUUUCUCCAACACCAACCUUCGAGUUCCUCAUGGAUUCGGCAAUAUUCUGGAGGGUCUUGCGAGAGAAGUGCUGAGAGAGCAGCCUGACGACAUCCCCACCUUCGCCGCCGUCUACUUCACAGCACUUCUCAAGCAAAGAGACGAAAGUGGCCUAGAUCCCGCUGAAUGGGGAGCCCGAUUAGAGGACAGGUUCUAUAAUAACCAUGCUUUCAAGAAUAAAGAAAACCAAGGAAACUCCAGCUCAACCAAAGUAACCCAGGCCUCGCUGAGCGAUGAAGACAAGGUUGAUCGGGCUGAAUCGUUUGGAAAUGAAGAUGAAUUCACUCAGCCAACUCAGAACUCCUGGCCUUCAUCUGAGAACACUGAUAAUGAUGCUAAAGCUCAACAGGAAGUGCAGGAAAGUGAAGAAGCAUCUGAGAAUAAAGCAGAUGAUGAAUCAGGGGAGAGUGAUCCUGUUAUCACUCCUGAGGUUUCCUUCAGAGGAACUGCAGAUGUUGAUAUAUGUGCUGAAGGACUUAAAGAAACUGAAGAAACGGGAGAGAUCAGGGAGCUGGAGAAAGAAACUGGGGAAGAUGGAAAAGAAAAAGAAGAAGAAGAAGAGCUCAAGGCCACACCUUUAACCUCAUAUAGUGGUUUUGUGGAUGUAGAUGUGUGUGCUGAGGAACUGCAGUCUUCUACUUUGCAGGCGGAUGAUGAUGAGUCUGCGUAUGAAGAUACUGAAGGAAGGAUGGGUUUGAUUGAUGCACAUCCUGCUCUCGAAGCUUCAGAAAGCCCAAAACCUGUCCAAGGUGAGGAAGAGCUGUCUCGAGAGUCUGGAGAUGUCCUGGAUUCUCAUGAUAAAUUCAUCGAAACUCUGUCUGGUGCUGAAUCCCCACGAAAUGUUGAGCAGGAAGUGUCUGAUAACGAAGAAUUAUCAGUUUUUCUCCCAGUAGAAGAAGCAGAAACUAAAGAAGAAACUGAUGAUCCUUCUCAAAACACUCUCUCAGAAAUGACUGAUGAUUUGUUAGAAGAUGGCGAUAAAGAAAACAGUCAUCUUGAAGAAUUCAAGAAUUCAAACGAAGCUUUUGAGGACGAUAACGAUCAAGUCGAUCAAGUUCUGAGCACUGAUCAUCUUCAGUUUGCUUCUGAGACGACUCAAGAAGAAGAUGAGGAGAAUUAUCCUAGUCCUGAAGCUCCAGUAGACGAGUCAAUGGAUGAAGGGCUAAUGGUCAGCAAUACUAGUCUCAUUGAUGAAGAUGACCCAAUCCUAUCUCAGCAGGAUGUUCCAAAAAUUGAAGACAGCAGAGAAGAUCAAAGCAUGAAUGAUACUGAGAUGAAAGAAGACGACGUAACGACUCAAGAUGCUGAAGAAGCUUCCAAUAGUCCAACUCCUGAGGAAGCUGCUCGUGAGGAAGCUAAAGAAGACAGCACAGAGGUCAUCUACGAAGAGCAGACUGAGGAGACGGAGACAGAUUUAGACCAAGAAGAAGGACAGUCUGAACAUCAGGACAUCAGCAGGGACAUCAGCAAGGACAUUAGCCAGAACUCCACGCUUCAAACAGAGGACAAGGAGGAGGAGGAGGAUCCAGAAAACAAGCGUGAGGGACAGCAGGAGGAUCAGAAGGAGUAGAGACAGAAGACACGGCAGUGCCAGAGCAGUGAGGACGUCCACGCGUCUCUCUGUGGACAGCAGGACGACUUCUGGCCCUCUUCCUAGAGAUGUACCUUUUUAUGUAGAGAAAAGCAGUAGUCAUAGGCUGGAUAUCUCGUCUGAUAUAUGAACGCUUGUUCUCUCCAGCUCUCUCUCUCUCUGUCUAUCUCUCUCUUAUUCUUUCUCUUUUCAGCUUCUUAUCUUAUCCAGUCUGGGGGAAUAGUUUCCCCGAAACCAGCAUGCAUCUACGUCUCACGGGCAUGCACUCGAUGCAUCUGUACUCUUCCUGAUCGUGUCCUCGUCCAGAUGUUGGUGUGAAAGUGACAAGGAAUGCCCUUAGAGUUUUAUCACAUACUGCUCAAAUUCAGAUAUCUACGUAUCUAAAUACUUUAGAUUUGGAAUUAUGGGAUUAUGCAUCAUGGUUGUCUUUUUUUUGUAUAAAAAAUAUAUAUAUAUAUAUAUUUGCUUGAGAGAUUUCCUUUCCUGCUUUCCUUAUAUGGUGAUCAGCAUAAGUAAUGUGUAGGAUUUUUGGUUUGAUUUUAUUUUAGUUUCUUAUUUUAGUUUAGAUUUUUUUUGUUGUUUUUGUUGUUGAUGAUUUGUGCAAUUUAUUGAAUGAUAUUGUAAGGAUAUAUGGAUUUAUUGCUAUUAUGAAUCUGUUUUAAUUUAUGUCGUUAAGAUGUUAUCAUGUUAUCUUGUUAUUUGUUUGCUUUGCACCCUUUAACAACAGUUUUUUCUUCUUCUUCUUCUUCUUCUUCUUAGUCUUAGUAGAGUCAGCUGAAACAAACAAAAAAAAGAAAAUAGAAAUCAGAGCUUCCAAAACAGCAGUUAGCAUGGCUGGAUUUUCUUUCUUUCUGAUUAAUUUCUUUAAUUCUUUCUCUUUCUUUCAAACUCAUCAAGUUACUGUAUUUCUCAGAGUGUAAGAACAAUGAUUUGACUAGGAAUGAAAGUUUUAUUAGAGACUGUGAAGAUUGUUUUGCAUGUACGCGACUUAAUGAAGCACUGUAUCAGCAGCAAACCCAAUAAAAAAGCUCUGAAAUGUG